CCAGUCGUUCACAUCCGCCGUCGAUACAAUAACAACGGGGCUGCCAGUAGUGCGGAGCUCGGAGGUUGUACAGUAAGUCAUUUGCCAGCAUUGAAAGAAUGUUUUAGGUGGGUCAAACCGUUUCAAUUCUCAAGUGGUCAACGGACAACGUGUUGAAGCUUGGAUCUUGGUUUUGGAUGCCUGACUUUAUUGGCCAGUAUGAAUCCUGUGUUUCUCGCUUUUCAUUUGGUCAUUCUAGCAGGUGUGUCCUGGGCCUCGACUGAUGAAACGCGCUUGGUUAAAACCCUUUUCACCGGCUACAACAAGGUUGUCCGUCCUGUCAACCACUUCAAGGACCCGGUGGUUGUCACUGUGGGUCUCCAGCUCAUUCAGCUCAUCAGUGUGGAUGAGGUCAACCAGAUUGUCAGCAGCAACGUGCGACUGAAGCAGCAAUGGAAAGACGUGAACUUGCACUGGAACCCGGAGGAUUACGGUGGCAUCAAAAAGAUCAGAGUCCCCUCCACCGACAUUUGGCGUCCUGAUCUGGUUCUCUACAACAACGCCGACGGUGACUUUGCCAUCGUUCACGAGACCAAAGUGCUGCUGGAGCACACCGGGCUGAUCACGUGGAACCCGCCGGCCAUCUUCAAGAGCUACUGUGAAAUCAUUGUGCUGCACUUCCCCUUUGACCUCCAGAACUGCAGUAUGAAGUUGGGCACUUGGACCUACGAUGGAAGAUUGGUCGUUGUCAAUCCUGACAGUGACCGUCCAGAUUUGAGUCAUUUUAUGGAAAGUGGAGAGUGGGUGAUGAAGGAUUUCCGUGGAUGGAAGCACUGGGUGUACUACGCCUGCUGCCCAGAAACCCCCUACCUGGACAUCACCUACCACUUCCUCAUGCUGCGGCUCCCUCUCUACUUCAUCGUCAACGUCAUCAUCCCAUGCAUGCUCUUCUCCUUCUUGACUGGACUUGUCUUCUAUCUCCCUACAGACUCCGGUGAGAAGAUGACUCUGAGUAUCUCCGUCUUGCUGUCUCUGACUGUGUUCCUGCUGGUCAUCGUGGAGCUGAUCCCUUCCACUUCCAGCGCUGUACCUCUCAUUGGGAAGUACAUGCUCUUCACCAUGGUGUUUGUCAUUGCAUCCAUCAUCAUCACUGUCAUUGUCAUCAACACCCACCACAGAUCCCCAAGCACUCAUACAAUGCCAGACUGGGUCCGUAAGGUUUUUAUUGAAACCAUUCCCAACAUCAUGUUUUUCUCCACAAUGAAACGGCCUGGGAAAGAAAAACAGACUAAAAACAUCUACGGUGGAGAUUUUGACAUCUCAGACAUCUCUGGCAACCAGACCACUUCAGUUCCCUACCAGUCCCCCAUCACCAAGAACCCUGAUGUCCGCAGUGCCAUCGAAGGAGUGAAGUACAUCGCAGAAACCAUGAAAUCCGACGAGGAAUCCAACAAUGCUGCUGAAGAGUGGAAGUUUGUGGCCAUGGUGCUGGAUCACAUCCUGCUGUGCGUCUUCAUGGCUGUGUGUCUGAUCGGCACGCUAGGUGUUUUCGCAGGUCGCCUCAUUGAGUUGAGCAUGCUUUAAAGAUUUGCUCUGUUUUACCAGCUUGACUUGUUCAGCGACCAGCUUGUUUCUCAGACUGACAUGUGUUGUUUUUGAAACUGCUGUAGAGGCCCUGCAGCAGUUUGAACCUGUGAAAAACUUCUGUGCAUUUAUCUUCUGGACGUGCUUAUUUUGUAUAUGCAUACGUGUUUUGUGCAGUAUAUCUCCGACAUGUUUUGUUGUUGUUGUUGUUGUGGGGAUGAGUGGGUACAUGUGGGCAAUUUGAAACUUUAAUCACUACAAAAGAAAUGUAACAUUUUGGAGUCUUGGAAUAAAAACAUGUUGUGCUAUGUGAAGUAGUUCAUAUAAUGAUUUCCUUUGCUGAUGUGUCUUUGGUAAAAACGACCACUUUUAGCAUGUUGUUAAAUGUUGCAAUUAUCUCAUUUUAUUUGCAAUAAUCAAAUCAUACAGAAAUCCUCA